GGGAUUCUUCUCGCACUCACGCAUUAACGAUGACUGUCUUUCCAAUGCACAUUCCCCAUUCUCCUCACCAUGCCAAGUGAAGUUAUCACAGAAGAAAAAAAGUUCUUCCUCCACAGCGAGUUCCACCCGUAGCUCCCUAGUUUCUUUUUUGAGUGCAUUAAUGGAAUAUCAGUCUAGGACCCAACGUGCGAUUUUUUUUUUUUUUUGUUUUUGAGCCAUACAAGUUCAAUGGUCACUUGUCCCGUUGCUCUUAAUCUCCCGUGGUUUCACAUCUUUUUUUUCUUUCUUCCUCUUCUUCUCUCAACUUCUUUUCCUUUUUUACACUCUUUGCUUUCAUCCACCCUUCAUUUAUCAUCUCAUUCAUACCUCUUUCUUUCUUUUUGUAAAGCUGUUCUAGUGCAUAGACACUUUUUAUCACUGUCGAUUACGACCGUGUACUCUUUCUACCUUCAAGAAUUCAAGUUGCACAAAGAAAUCAAUCUGUCACCUUUUCUCAUCCAGUUGUACCCUUUUUUAUUUUAUUUCUAUUCCAAUAAAGCUCUCCAUUUAUUCAUUAUAAUGGCCUCAACAGCUGCAGGGUCCUUGGCCCACGACAUGCUUCUGGCAUUCCGAGAUCAGCAACUAUCUGAUAUAUCUGUCAUUGCUUUUGGACAGACUUUUCAUCUGCACCGCCUUAUCCUGCUUCGGUCUGGGUAUUUUCGUUCACUAAUCCUCGGUCAGGGUGAUUGGAUCGAAAAAUCACGGCAAAGUGUGACUAUCCGCUUUGAUGACCCUUAUAUUACACUCCAAGCCUUUCAAAGGAUCAUCCAUUGGCUUUAUGGAAUUGAUUUUCAUUACACAGAAGGUUCAGCCCCACUAGCCUUUCAAGGAACAGGCAAUUCGACGGCAGCAGGAAGAGGCGGCAAAGGGUUGGAAGAACACUUCGAAGUGCUUUCACUCGGGCGACACGGGCUCGGAUUACGUCAAGGGCAAGGGGCGAUGGAGAGAUCCGUUAGUGCGACAUCGAUUCCGACAGGGGCAAAGGCAACAGCUUCAAUAAGUGGGACAGUCUCGGUCCAUCAUUAUGACAGUAUUAUGCUUGAUCCUUCUGAGAAGGUUGAUGAACUUCUCAUUUCUAUGUACGCAGCCGCAUCAUACCUCAACAUUACAGCACUCACAGACGAGAUCUGCAGUGAUAUAGCGCGCCGUAUCCGGGAUAAUAGAGGCUUGAUCCACUACAUGGAGUAUGCCUGGAAGUUGAACAACGGUAGAGCUUGGGAUAUCAUCUUGGCACAUUGUUUUUAUCAAUUCUUUUGGUACAGUUACAAGUCAAUCGUUCUGCAAGAAAUGCUUGUAUCUCCUGAAAUGCCCAUUGCAGGGCUGAUCAAGACUCUGGUCUCAGAGUCACUCUGGAUCCCAAAUGAGUAUGAGCGGUAUCAAUUUGUCAAAGGGAUCAUGUUGAGACGUUUAAAUUUAACGACAGACAAGCUUAUGAAUUGGGUUUAUGAUUACCAUGAGAACGACUGGUUUAUGGUUCUGAAGGAUCUGGAUGACAACGGAGCAUACUCACAUGAACUUUCUUCUGACACCUUCUUGAAUAACCUGCAAGACUGGGAGUCGACAUCAACGGCAGAGUAUGAGGAUGCAGUCGACACAGACCACGAAUGGAUUACGACAACCAAAGAGUUACGGCGAAGGAGCUCACAAGCCAGCAUGACAGGAAAUCAGAUGACGAUGACCAAGCUUUCAGAUAGUGUCGACAGGACAGCUACGCCGACAGCAGAUACAGUCAUAGUCAGCCAGGGCUCAGGUCGCACUCAAGGCACCCUCGGUACAGAUGGUAGUGUAAAUAAUGGGAAUAUUGCUACUGAGGAUGGGCUGCAACAACCACAUCAUCAACAGUCACAAACAACUACUUCAACUUCGAACAUUGACAUAAAGACGGGGCCGCGGUCGCCAACUCUUAGGACACCAAUUUCUUCGCCUGGGCUCUCCUCGCUAUCCAUCACCUCAGAGGCAUUACCACGCCAUCAAGUUCGCGACUUGUUAAUCUUAAUGUAUCUUCUCCAUCAUAGUAUCCAUUAUACUCACAUUUCAUUUGACAACCUUAACCAAAUCCUCAAUGAUGGGCUAGUCCUGCCAGAAAGGAUCAAGGAUGCCUUUUGGAGACAACAUUUAUUGCGUCGAUUCGCAGUUAGCACUUCAGCAUCAUUGCCAUUUUCCACAACGCCCUCCACCUCGUUUCAUGGGAGAUAUCACGGCCCAGAGCCAACACAUCGCGAACGGCGUGGACCGUGGGCCCCUGCAACUCCUCCAAAAAAUAAAACAUUAGGCUCUCCAUCUGCUCCGCUCACUACCAGUGCUUCACCCACAAACUCACUUGGUUUGCUUCCGAUUCGGUUCAGUACAUCAUUGUACAUCAGCCGUCGGGACCUCAUGACUGAUGGGAAACACUUUACGAGCUCCACGUUCUAUGCAGGCAGUUGGUGGAGUAUUCAAGUUGGUAACAAUUUGAACAGCACGAAACCGGAAGAUAGACAAGUAGGUGUCUUUUUAAGCUCAGCACCUGUGCCACGAGUUGUUCCAGGUGGCGGAGGGAGACUAAGCAACAGUAGCUCCAGGUCAUCUCGUUCUGGGCUCCUGGCAGCCCUGCGAGGAGAUGCACUGUCACUAUCUACGAAUUCAACCACUUCUCAGCGACGUCACCAUGGUGUAUCCAGCAACAGUUCUGUUCAACAGGGCAAUGGGUCUGAAAAUGGUGGCGCAAAUAGUGAUUGCUCUAGUGUCUAUAGCCGUCAGCGGGAACUAACGUGCAAUUACCGGAUUUACAUGACGACCAACGUGGUCGAACCUCCUCAAUACUUUGCUGCAGCUGCAGCUAAUCGUCUAGAAGAGAUCCGAGGAAGUGAAUACCCACAGCAUCCUAAUGCAAGCGCCAGUAAUGCCUCCCGUCCGCAUUUCGGCGCAACAGGGGGUGCUUCGGACUCUGCGAUCCCCUUUUCGACAUCACUACCAUCAACGCCUGAGAUGGGACAUGCUUCAGGAUUCGGAUCAUUUUCGCGUUCAUUUCCAUCAUCAGGCAUCGCCACAUCUUUGUCUCUCUCCCAAAAGAUUGCGGCUGAAGAUGAGAUGAUUGGUGAGGACACUUUUAAGCUGAAUGAGGGAUGGGGAUAUCGCCAUCGACAAUAUCUGACCCGUGUAGCUAGGCAAGUGCGCGAUCGCCCACCACGAUCAAAUCAGGACUCAUCUGGCCUACACUCACAUGAGAAUGCGUCUCCCGGCACAAUGCAGCAAGGCGGCCAUCUUGGAGCUCCUUUGCAUCAUCUCCAGCAACAACAGCAACAACAACAGCAGCAGCAACAGCAGCAGCAAGCGGGUCAGCAAAACCAGCAACAGCAAGCACAUCAGGGACAGCAUGGUCAGGCUGGAGCGUUUAAUCAACAAGGGCAUCCUGUAGCGCCUCCUCAUCAACCAUUGCUCCAGAACUCACUACAACUACUGCAACAGCAGCAGCAGCAGCAGCAGCAACAGCAACAGCAGCAGCAGCAGCAGCAGCAGCAACAGCAACAACAACCACUAAAUCAACAACAACAACAGCAGGGUCAAUCUAACCCACAAACACCACAUGUGAAUGCAAACGCAAACGCAAAUGUUGCUGCGCAGGGUAAUGGUGUACAAUCGCAGCAUGGACUUCAGAAUCAGACAUCUCCAUUAUCGUCAUCAACGUCAUCAUCCGCGCUGCUAUCCCAGAGUGAGAUGCAUGAUGAAUUGGAGGAUGACGGUCUAUGGAUUCAUUUUGUGGUGAAGGUUGGAUGGUCAGAUCGUAAGCGGGAUGACAAGGCGACCAACUAAAAAAAAAAAAAAAAAAAAAAAAAAAGCCCUAAGCUGUGAGAGUGUAUCAUAAUCUAUAUCAUAUAUACGGAACGGAUAUUUAAGG